AUGGGAGGAUCACACUCCAAACCUGUUACUGUAGACAUUAGUAAACAUUCUGGAAAUGUCCAAUCAGGUGAUAAAGGAGGACACUAUUACGAUAGCGAUAGUAGAAGAGUUAAUCUGACGGAUGAAUGGUACCCUGACCCAGAAGGAACGUAUAAAAAGUUCAAACAUAUUCCGGAAUCAGGAAAUAUCCAAAGUAUUACACACAAUGAUGCUCCUCAAACCCUAUCCCCUAACAGUCUUCCACAGUAUUCCAGUGUAACGGUCUACUACUGGUCAUUGGAUAGCACUUGUGCUACACCCCUCCUAAUUCAACUCGGAACAGGAGAUACAGACAAAUACUAUAAACAUGCUGGUAUUGAAGAUACUUGGAGUAAGGAUAAAGAGGCAAAUGUAAGUCUCAGGGAGGAACUUAACAAACAAAACUGUGGUAGAAACAAGGCUCACAUUAUAGAUAUUUCACAGAAGAGAACUAGUUCUUAUAAUUGUCCAAGUUGUGGUUAUAAACGGAAAAUUCAAACCAAUUAUCAAAGCAGUUCAGAUUUUACUUACUGUGCACAUUCUAUUACUGGUGAUUCUCAUUCUUCUGGAUCCCUCUCAAUCUCUGGGUUUAUAGAUAGUAGAAAUUGGCAAGUUGGACUUCCGUCUAUUAAGGAUAUUUCGGUCAUAACCAUAAAUUUUAUCUCAAACACUAAUACCCCUAUUGUAAUUAAUUAUAACAAAGGUGGAGAGAAAUAUUUCAAGAGAAACACUAAAACUAGUAAUUCCUGGGUUGCAGUUCCCAAGGGUCAAGAGUCUAACCUUCUAAAUGAUCGGAAUUAUUACCCCAAAAUUACUCCUUAUAUAUCUAGUAAAGCUAAAACAUACACUGAUGAAGGUACUGGUAUAAGUAUAACAGUGCGGAAUAGUCCAAUAGGUGAUGGCUACUGGAAAUUUGAACAUUCUCUCGUGGGCGGUCUCUUUACAGUUGAGAGUGUUGUGCAUGAUAGUACUCCACUUGAGGGUAUAGAAUCUUCUCCUGAUACCCAUCUAGAGAGUAUCUCAUCCUAUUACUGUGGAAACACUCCUACGGAUCUACCUAAGCUUCUCCUUGUUGAACUGUCUAUAAAGACUAGUGAUAAAACCACAUACAAGUACUAUUGCGGAGAUAAGAAAAAUGCACCUUCAUGGUCAAAAUAUCCCGGAUCUGAUGGAACUACUCAACUAAGGGGUGCCCCUCUAAAGACUGAACUUGAUAGGCUAAGGAAGAUACAUUUUCCAGAUACUGGACUUUCAACAGGAGCUAAAGCAGGGAUUGGCAUUACAAGUGUAGGCGCUGGUGGAGGCAUCAUCUGUCUUGGAAUAUGGAAGGGCCCUGCUCUAAUUGCACGACUAAUCACUCGCAUGUAA